AGAAAACAAUCAAAAAUGUCAAAAUUUUUAAUCACAACAGCAACAAGAUUCACCAAAUUUUAAUAAAUAACAAUAAAUGAAAUAAAAAUACACAAGAAUAAAUACAAAAAGAGAUGCAACCCUCAAGUAUGCUUUUGAAGUCAAAAUACAUCUGGUCCGGUUUCGUCGGUUCAUCGAAGACUUUGAAUAAUUUGAGCCAAGCUUUGUUCGUCCGAUGGUAUGCGAAGAAGUCCGGCGAUGAGUGCAGAAGAGGCAUUGUGGAUAUUCCACCAGACGUAGACCCAGACUGUCCACAGCCCUGUGAAAGGAGGAAAAAGAAGAAGGAGGGGAUACUGCAUAAGAUCAAACUGAGGGUCAUUGAAGGCGGCACCAAUUUUGGGACGCCCUUUCGCCGCGUGCAAUGCAAGUCGAAGGUGUGCAAAGAGGAGCAAGUGCCAGAACCGAAGGCGCUGCCACCACCCAAGAAGAAGGUGCCUCCGAUGCCGGCGCCUCGCCCUGGCGUGCAGGUAUCGGUGCUUGGCGCCGACACCUCCAUCGGCCAGUACGUCGCACUCCUGCUCAAGCAGUGCCCUUGUAUCAAGAAGUUACGCUUAUACGAAGCCAAGGAGACCCGAGGCUCUGAGUGCAGUCGCGACCUGUGCAAGGUGGUGCAGGAUCUGCAGCACAUCGACACCAACUGCCUGGUCCAGGCAUUCAGCUGCGCUUGCUUCGAACUAGAAAGAUGCUUGCAGAACAGUGACAUAGUUCUGAUCCUGGAGAGCGGCUACAUAAACGUGGACAUGCCGUUCGACAAGCGGUUCUGCUACCAGGCGCCCAUAGUGAAGAAGUACACUGACGCGAUCGCCACCGAGUGCCCGAAGGCCUUCGUGAUCGUGUGUGCCACGCCUAUUGACUGCAUGGUGCCUUUGGUCGCUGAGACUCUAAAGGAGACGGGCUGGUACGACCCUCGAAAGGUGUUAGGAUCGCUCGCAGUGCCCGAGAUGCGCGCAAGCACCCUGGCUGCGCGCGCGCUAUGUCUCGAACCUCGAUACACCAGGGUUCCUUGCGUUGGCGGCACGGAAGGCGAAUCUUUAGUACCGCUGUUCUCCAAAGCUGUAGAGUACUUCGACUUCGCAAAGCAUAACGCUGAGAUGAUGACAGAAGCGGUGCGCAGUGCCCCAACUGCUGUAGCGCGAUCAGAUGGCGUGUGCAACCGUGCGGCGGACCUAAGCGAGGCGCAUGCGCUGGCCGGACUCGUCACGAAGGUUGCGUGGGCGCUGCUGUGUAAAGACGUGCCAAGGGUCACGGGUUUCGUUGAAACGGACGCUGGGCAGGUCAUUUCUCCGGCCAGAUACCUCGCCAUCGAUAUGCUGCUGAACAACAACGGCAUCUGCAAGAAAUUCGACUUCCCCUUCAUGAGUAAUCUAGAACGGGACCUGAUGGACAUAGCCCUAGCCCGCAUUGCGUAUAACGUGGACAUGGCCCAAUGCUGGCACACUGCGUACCUGAACGAUGAGAUCAGCAAGUUCGCAGUCAAGAAGUACUGGUUCCACCCGAAGCAUUACGACCGUGUGGAAGGGUGUAAUGUACACUUGACCGUGUAGUAGUAUGACGUCACAUCAAGCUAAACGUGUAAUGUAGUUGUAAAGGGUUUUGCAACGAGAAUGUACAGUCUGAUGUGUGUCGAAUCUACCUUUGAGAUUGAAAGUUCCUGUCUAGGGAUUUAAUUCUGGAUGCAUUAAAAAUGAAAGAAGGCCCAGAAGUUUACGGGGUUGUGUCUCAUUACUGAGUACAAAGUCUGUAAUUGGACACAAGAGCUCGAUUCUACUGUAGGUCAGUAGUCACUAGGUCGGUCAAUGUGUCACCUUAAAAGUUACUAUUAUGUAUUCAAAUAAUAAGACCGAAAAUACAAUACAAAAAUAUACUUUCUUGGAACAUUUGUCUUGCUUUGUACAAUAUUUUGUAACUAGGUGAUGAUUGUUGCUGUAAAAAACGUUUUGUAAAAAAAUACCAAAAAAAUGUAAAGCUAUAAAAUGAAAUAAAAAAUACUUAUUGAUAAA